AUGGAGGCCGAUUCUACUACAUAUGACAGUAGUUCCAAGUGUGAAAACUCAGAACAUGCAAUUUGUUUUCCAUUUGCAAUAAAUACAGGGAACUUCGCUUUGUACAAAAAUUUCAUAACUAAUAAUGGAGAAACGAGUUUGGAAAGCCAAAUUGUAGAAAGGCUACAAGAUUUUGGUUUGCUGCCGACAACAGUUAAAUGUCCGACAUCAAACUCUAAUUGUAAAGUGGUGUGCAAAAUGGCUCGGGUUAUAGACAGAGUUCAGUGGACAUGUGAAUCAUGUGGAAAAAGACAACCAAUUAGAAUAGGAUCCUUUUUCUUCAAGAUGCAGUGCUCUAUUCAGCAAGUGCUUCAAAUGACUUUAGCAUGGUGUGAAGAUGCAGACUUAAAUAUUGCAGCUAAACAUUUUGAUGUAAAGCUCAAAGUGGCAAGCUCCAUAUAUGAUCGCCUGGAUGAGUUGGCUAUUAGAGAACUUAAGAAGUUAAAACUUGGUGGAGAGAAUAAUGUUGUUUUGGCUGAGAUGUAUCCGGAUUGCCUAAACCGUUUGUCACCUGACACUACAGAUCAGUCCCAUGUGCACAGGAUUUUAAUGCUCGCUGAUACAAAACACAUACCAACCUUUUAUAGGCUAAUUGUAAUUAAAGGAGAUGCAAAUAGGCUAGAAGCUGGCAGUGAUGAAGAUCAGAUACUCAAAUCAGAAGUGGAAACAAUUUUGGAAGAUGUGACGGACCCACAGUCCAUGGUGGUUUUAGGCAACAAUGUACCAAAUAUUAAGGGCUGUACCACUUACCAGCAUCUUGUACAACACUGUGAUGUGGACAUGCAACAUUUUUUGAGUUCGCGAAUUUGGCGGCAAGCGUUGACGUUGUGCGCGGCUUCCCGCGAUUUGUGUGAUGACGCGGCGCCACUGUGCGCGGCCUCCGUGCAGCGUUACUUGGACACGUCCGCGUAUCGGUUGCGUUACGGCGACGGCUUCUACGAGCGCGUGCUGGGGAUCGUGUGCGCCGAGUUCACCGAUAACCGCGACCAA